GCGGCGGAAUUUGGCCGGACGUUUACAUCUUAUGUUCUAGGGCCUUGACCAUAUAGCACGCUGAGCUAAAUGGAGAACAAAAUGUCUGGCAAAACAGCUAAGAACAGUGCUGAAGAAGUCAUCCAAGGCUUUAACAAAAUACGUUCUGAGCAGCGGCAGCUGGCACAGAAGGUGGCUGAACUUGAGCAGGAGCUUAAUGAACACAGAAUGGUGAUCGAGACCCUGAGCAGCGUGGACGAAUCCCGCAAAUGUUUCCGCAUGAUCGGCGGUGUGCUGGUGGAGCGGACCGUCCGCGAGGUGCUGCCAGCGCUCACCAACAACAGAAGCCAGCUGUCGCACCUGGUCGAGUCGCUGAAGGAGCAGAUGCUGAAGAAGGCGCAGGAGAUCGCGGCAUACCAGGAGAAGCAUCAGAUCCGCGUGCAGGGACAGGGCCCGGCCAGCGCCGGUGGCGGCGGAGAGGAACGGCCGGCGGCGGCACGUGGCGCGGCCGCCUCCGGCGUUCUCGUGCAGCAAGGACAGUCGUAGGGCCGGUUGUGCCACCCCCCUCCGCCCCGCCCCGCACUGUGUCAUGCGCUCGCUUGUUCUCAUUAAUUUGCCUAAUACAGCUAUGAACCACG